AUGGGAUAUCCAUAUCAAACACCCCCAUUUAAUGGUUAUAUGCCAAUGGUGAAUGAAAAUUUUCAGAGUGUUGGUGAAUAUCCUGAAUUUUCAUCACAAAUAAAUCGUGGUGGAAUGACACGAGAUAAUGAAGUUGCUCCAACUCCAGAGGAUACAACUCCUAAGAGCAAGAGAAACCAGCAACCAUCAUGGAACACUGAACAAAAUUUGGUGUUAAUUAGUGGGUGGAUAAAAUAUGGAACAUGCAGUGUUGUCGGGAGAAACCAGACAAGUGAAGCAUAUUGGGGUAAAAUUGCUGAGUAUUGUAACGAGCAUUGCUCAUUCGAUUCUCCGCGCGAUGUAGUUGCAUGCCGAAACCGUUUUAAUUAUAUGAACAAAUUAAUAAAUAAAUGGGUUGGUGCUUAUGAUAGCGCUAAGCGUAUGCAAGGAAGCGGUUGGUCGGAAGAUGAUGUUUUGAAAAAAGCUCAAGAAUUAUAUGGAUGUGGGAAGAAUGUUUAA